AUGACUAUUCAUUCAGAAAAAGAAUCGACAAGAGAUAUUGAGGCUUUACCGGGGGAUGAUACCCUCAAGGGGCAAGUACUUGCCGUGACGGAGGGGAGUACACAUCGUGGCAUCAAGUCCAGACAUGCACAGAUGCUCGCCAUCGGUGGUACCAUUGGCACUGGUCUGUUUGUUGGCUCUGGUCAAGCCCUACAGUUAGCGGGGCCUUCAAUGCUGCUCGCGGGUUACACUACUAUCUCGAUCCUCGUUUACGGAAUGAUUACAGCCACAGCAGAGAUGAGCAGUUAUCUGCCUGUUACCGGAUGCUCAAUGGCAUACUAUGGAAGCCGCUUUGUCUCACAGAGUCUCGGAUUUGCUAUGGGGUGGCUGUACUGGUAUUCUUUCGGGAUCCUUAUCGCCUACGAGAUCACUGCCGCCUCCCUUGUCAUUGAUUACUGGCCCAACUCUGUUCCCAUUGGGGUAUGGAUCACGAUUAUGCUCAUUGUGAUUGUGGGGUUGAAUUUCUGCCCGGUCCGUUACUAUGCUGAAACUGAAUUCUGGUUCGCGUCCCUAAAGGUCUUUAUGAUCAUUGGAUUGCUACUGCUUUCUUUCAUCCUCUUCUGGGGCGGGGGACCAGAUCGCCAACGCCUGGGCUUCCAUUAUUGGAAAGACCCAGGGGCGGCAAAAGAGUAUCUGGUGGGGGGUUCUGGCGGGUUCUUUUGUGCGUAUUUAUACGUGACUACGUUCUCUGUCUUUGCAUUCAACUUCGCGCCAGAGCUCUUGGUCAUCACAGCAGGCGAGAUGCAAGAUCCGCAGGGAAAUCUCCCCAGGGCCGCAAAGCGUUACUUCUAUCGCCUUAUUAUCUUCUACAUUGGAGGCGGAGGCUCAUUGGCAGUUGGUGUAAUAUGUAGCAGCAACGCUUCAGGGCUGACAAACGGUACGGGCUCCGCGGCUUCGCCUUGGGUAAUCGCCAUCAAGAAUGCGGGAAUACACGGUCUGGACAGCGUUGUCAAUGCUGUGAUCAUCACGUCUGCCUGGUCAUCCGGAAACUCUUAUUUAUAUAUGUCCAGUCGAGUACUCUACUCACUCGCAAUCAGCAAGAAUGCCCCGGGGAUCUUCACUCGUUGUAACCGAUGGGGUGUUCCGUAUGUUGCGGUUUCUGCCUGCUCAAUCUUCGCUUUACUUGCUUAUCUAAACCUCAGCAAUAACACCAGUGAAGUCUUCAACUGGUUGAUAAAUCUCACCAAUACUGCUGGAUUUACUUCGUGGGUGUGCUGCAGCAUCAUCUUCAUACGUUUUCGUGCCGCCUGCAAGGCCAAGGCAUCCCCACUUCCAGCCUACCUUAUACUUCGAUCACUCAACCGUGGAUGGCAUGGUUAUGUAUGUUCAUGUUCGGAAUUCUCUGCCUAUGCAACGGAUUCUCUGUAUUUUUCCCCGGUCACUGGUCUGUCUCUUCCUUCCUGA